GCUCACGGGGGUUGUGCCGCCUCCGUUGUCACACCCUGACGGAGGGGCUGGCGUGCAGAGUUCGUCUUGGGCCGGCUUCAGCUGCGGGCGUGAGGAGGGUUCAGCCUCCCUCCGCCUUUUCUCGCUCACUGGCGACAGAGAGAUGGAGGCGCCCUGGCGUCAGGGCGGCCGGGGCCGCGGCCGUGCCAGGCCCGGAGAAGGGCUCGCUGCCCGUGCAGGGGCAGCUGCCCGGCUCCCGGCUGCCAGGGCCCGCGGCGGUGCCUGCGCUACGGCCGCGGGGAGUAGCGGUGAGGCGGCCAGCGAAUUAUCUUCACAGAAGAAAUUUGAUGAAAUUAAGAAGGCUAAUCAGGCUGCAGCAAAAAAGCUAGUUGAAGACCAGUUUAGCUCCUCGUCUGAAGAGGAUGAUGAAGAUGCUGAAGUAAAACAAGGAAAGAUUUUGGCCAAAACAUUUACCAUUUACACCAGUCAAACUGAUGGAGAUGCAAGUGAACUGGAACGUACAAGACAGUACAUGAAUGAAGCUUUUCAGUCAGGGGCUAUGACAUGUCUGAUCUGCAUUGCCUCAGUUAAAAGGAACCAAGCUGUCUGGAGCUGUUGUGGAUGCUUUUGUAUAUUUCACCUUGUGUGUAUCCAGAAGUGGGCCAAGGACAGCCUUUUUCUUGUGUCUUCUGUGACAGAUGAUGAUUUUGGGAAAAAGGAUUAUCCCUGGCCAUGUCCAAAAUGCAGGUUUGAAUACAAACGGUCUGAAACUCCCAGUAGGUAUUACUGUUACUGUGGAAAAGUGGAGAAUCCAACACUGGACCCAUGGCUGGUACCUCACUCCUGUGGUCAGAUAUGUGAGAGGGAAUUCAAACCUCCUUGUGGUCAUAAAUGUUUGCUGCUUUGUCAUCCAGGACCCUGUCCACCUUGCCCAAAGAUGGUUACAACAACCUGUCACUGUAAGAAAGCUAAACCAGUGCCUCGAAGGUGCAGUGCCAAGGAAUGGUCAUGUCGCCUGCUGUGUGGACGAACACUGCUGUGUGGACAGCACACCUGUGAGAAUCCCUGUCAUGCAGGAGAUUGUCAGCCUUGUCCACGAGUCAGUAAACAAUGGUGUAUCUGUGGAAGACAGACAGGAGAGAGACUUUGUGCAAGUCCUCAGUGGCAGUGUGACCAGGUGUGUGGGAAACGCUUGCCUUGUGGUAAUCACACAUGUGAACAAGUUUGUCAUGCUGGUCCCUGUGGAGACUGUCCUCGUUCUGGGAAAAGGUCCUGUCCUUGUGGAAAAUCAAAGUUUACAUUGCCUUGUACAGAAGAUGUGCCCACCUGUGGUGAUAGUUGUGACAAAGUUCUGGAAUGUGGCAUCCAUAAAUGUUCACAGCGCUGUCAUCGAGGUCCCUGUGAAAUAUGCAGACAGGAAGUUGAAAAACAGUGCCGCUGUGGAAAGCACACUAAACGCAUGCCGUGUCAUAAGCCAUAUCUGUGUGAAACAAAGUGUACUAAAAUUCGUGAUUGCCAAAAGCACCAAUGCAGGAGAAAGUGCUGUUCUGGAAACUGUCCACCUUGUGAUCAAGUCUGCGGACGGACUCUAGGCUGCAGAAAUCACAAAUGUCCUUCAGGCUGCCACAGAGGUAGCUGUAAUCCAUGUCCAGAGACUGUAGAUGUGAAAUGCAAUUGUGGAAAAACCAUCAUUAAAGUGCCCUGUGGUAGAGAGCGCACCAUCAAACCUCCCAAAUGCAAACAGCUGUGCAGUCGACCACCUACCUGUCACCACCUUACCCAGGAGAAACACUACUGUCACUUUGGUCGAUGUCCUCCAUGUCGUCAGUCAUGCCAGAAAACAUUAACGUGUGGCCAUUUGUGCCCCGUUUCUUGUCAUGAUGAAGCACUUGUGAAGCAGAGGGGUUCACAUCAGUCUGCAGGUCCUUGGGAACAGCCAUCUGAGCCAGCUUUUAUUCAAACUGCAUUACCAUGCCCUCCUUGUGAGGUUCCUAUACCAGUGGAGUGUCUUGGGCAACAUGAGGUUAGUCCAUUCCCGUGUCACUCUGCAAAUCCCUACUCAUGUAAAAGAUUUUGUGGGCGGCUUCUGGCUUGUCAGAAUCAUACCUGUAUGAGAGAAUGUCAUCAUGUUACUAAAUUGAAUGGUAGUGCAGAUGGAAAGAAGGCAGGUCCAGAAUGUUUGCAGUGUGAAGAGGAGUGUACCAAGCCCCGGCCACCAGGCUGCCCUCAUCGAUGUGUUUUGCCUUGUCACCCUGGGGAUUGCCCGUCAUGUCUCCAGAUGCUUAAAAUAAAGUGCCACUGCAAACUGUCAAUACUGUAUAUUGAAUGCUUAAAACUAACAAGUGCUGAUUUAAUAGAAAAGGAACUUCUUAUUUCCUGCAAAAAUCAGUGUCCAAAAGAGUUGCCCUGUGGUCACCGGUGUAAAGAGGUUUGCCAUUCAGGUAGCUGUCCUCUGAACUGCAGCCAGAAGGUUAAACUCCGAUGUCCCUGCAAGAGACUGAAAAAGGAAAUACAGUGCAGCAAGAUACAAGAAAGCAGAGUUCCACUGGAAUGUGAUGCAUUAUGCAAGGAAAUGAAACGGAAAGCAUCUGAGAUAAAAGAGGCAGAAGCCAAAGCUGCUAUUGAAGAAGAGAAACGAAGACAGCAGGCUGAACUGGAAGCUUUUGAAAACAGAUUAAAAGGGCGAAGAAAGAAUAAGAGAAGAAAGGAUGAAGUAGAGGUUGAACAGUCAUCAUGGCAGAAAUACAAGAACCUCAUUAUGCUGCCGAUGUUUGGAGUUGCUGUUGUGAUGGUUGCAUGGCUCAUGGUCUACAAUGACUAAAACAGCCAACUCAAUAUUUAAUGUAUCUCGGUUGGGCUUUAGGGUAGCUAUUAAUCCUAGAACGUUAGUCUAUGUGUAACAGAACUUAAUAUGCAUAGAUUAUGUAUGUACACUAUUUGCCAAGUGCAGAGGAGGGAGGAAAUGUCACCUUUUGUGUUAUAUUCACAGCACAAAACUGAAAUUAGACACUGAAAGUAAUAGUAGAUUUUAGUCUACACUGAAGUGCUGAUGUAGUUUGUCUGACUGAUAUCCGUUAACAUCUCUUCUAUUUAUAUAUUGGGUUACUUUUCCUUGACACCAUAAUAUUAGAAAUAGGUUAGUAUAAAAAGCUUUAUUGAACAUCUGUUUUCUCUAAAAUCAGUGUUGAAGAUUAGUAUUCUUAUACUAGUCUUAAUGUUGUAUCACACAAUUUCUGUCCUUCAGGUAAGUUUUAGUUAUAACAGCUAAUGGGGAACUUUAUAUCACUUAGGCUUGAAUAUUCUGGGGCCUCAUGACAGAACUUUGUUCAGAGAAAGGAAUGGGAACUGUCUUUGAAGUCAGCUGUAUCACAAACAAUAAAAUGGGCUCCCUUAUGGACUGUGGGGUUUGUUUUAUGGUUGUGUCAUGUCCACCCCCCACCACUGUCCUUAUUUCCUUAAAAUCAAACUACAAAGAAAAAAAUUUAAAACUUCAUUUAGUGAAGAGAUGAAUAUGCUGAACAUGGAUGUGAUGUAGUUUCAGGUACCGGGGUGCAUUCUCGUCACUACCCCCAUCACCAACAGCAAAGAAACAAUCUGAAAUUGAACUUCAGAGUAUCACUUGACUAGUUGUAUAGAUAAAUAUCGCAUUUGGAUGUUUUCAUAGGUGUGCAAAACUGUAAUUGCCUAGUGUAACAAUAUGAUUGUGUCAUUCUGAAGCCAUCUGGAUGGUGCUUGCUAAUGUAUAAACUAUCUGGCUAAUCUUUUAAAUAUUCAAGUAUUUUCUUACUGACAGUUUAGAAUACUUCACUUUGGGCUCUCAGUGUUGGUUGGUAGAACUGAAAGGUUUACACAGCUUCAAGACUGUUAGAGAAGCUAUAUUGCGUCAGCUGAGGGACUGCAAGUUAAAUUCAGGGGGGGAGGAAAGUGGGAAGAGAUCAGAAAAUGGAAUUUUUAAACCUUUGAUGGAAAUUACAUGCUGAGACUUGAGCAUUGCGGUUAACUGGAAACUGCUUACCAGAUCCUGUGAAAGCCAAAGGGCAUUAGGCUGCCCUUGUAAUUCAGACACAUAAUUUCAUUGUAAAUUCUGCGAAAGCAAUGGAACUGUUUGUGGGAAUGAGUAGAUAAGAUUGCAGCUUGUUUGAAACCUUGCUUGGUUGAUUUGGGCCCACUUGAAUGGCGACCUGCUAUUGAUUUGACCUGAUAUUCAAUUCUAAUUGUGGUGCAGCAGCAGCAGGAGAAAAAAAAAAAGCUGCAGAAGGCAGUAGCUUUUAGAUUGACAAAAUGGGGGGAAAAUCAGUUUCUUUUCAAUUUUUCACUUAAGUUUGGUGAAAGAGGAAAGAAAUGAGGAAAAGUUGACAGUAUGUAGCAUGGAUUAGUGCUAUCUGAUAGCUUCAUGGGGGUUUUUUAGUUGACUUUAGAAAUGGGUAUUUCUGUCAUGAUGUGUCAGGCCAUUAGUAUGUAAAGUUGUAGAAUUAAUUGAGAUUGCAAUCACAGUUGCAUCUCUGUUAAAUUCUGUUAUGUUCUAAGAUAAAGAAUAAACUGUUUUCCUUCCUAUUACUUUAUUUUCUGUAAUAUUAAUGCCUAGAAGACAAUUCCAUAUGUAACUCCUUUUUCUGUUUACUGCUAGCUUUUUCCUUAAAAGCAGUACAAUGGAAAGUUUAUCCUUGACUCUACAGCAAAGAGAAGAAAUCCCUCCCUACAGAGCUAUAAAACUGAACUGCACUUGAGUUAUACGUUUGAAAUAGCUCUUAGUGUUCUUUUCUACAUAUUUUGCAGUAUUUCUGUGAAAUAUUGGAGAGAAGACUUGCUUCUCAUUGAAAAUCUUUAUUGUAGUAAGAAAGCACACCAGUCUUUAAGAAUUCAUCUCAUUCACAUGAAUGUGUGUAUGAGUAGGCAUGUACCCUUAAAGGAUUUGCAUUGCCUGAAGCUCGCACAUGGGAGACAUACCUAUUUUUGAAAUGUUAUUCAAAACAGUUCUGUGUAUCCUCUCCAGCCAUCUGAGUCAUCUGCACUCUGUUGGUCUGCCUGCUGAACCAGAUAUUUUUUUCUUGGCAUAAAAAAAUAUGGGGGUUCAAGCAAUCUGCAGCUUAAUAAAUCACUGAUUCCUAUCUGGUUUUCUAGAUUACUUUUACAGCUAAUAUUUUGCCUUUUUUGGUUGGAGCUGCAUGUUGCAAGCAUGACAACCUUUGGAAGUAAAAGGUACAGACAAAAUCACCUGUUAUUCAUUCAGUAUUGAGCAAAUAUUUUGAACGUUAACAUUUUAUACAAACAAUACUUCUUGAUAAGCAAAACAAAUUAUAUAAUCUGACCUGCUAUGGUAGGGGGAACUAUUGAGAGAGAAACCUGAUGGAUUAAUGGUUGGACUCUAUGAUCUUAAAGGUCCUUUCCAACCUAAACGAUUCUAUGAUGAGGAUAUUUAAUGUGAUUAAUAUUCAGCUAUGUGUAAAAUGAAAAAAGCUAGGGAUGCUUUUCCUGAUCCUGAAUGCAUUCUGGUGAACAUUCAUCCUUCUGCUGGACUGAGGUGCUUACAGGUAGUCAUUAAGUUUUGGAAUGGAACUUCCUUGGACAAUUUUGUUCCCUGUAACAAUGACAAAGCCAUUGCGUGUGUUAAGUUAAUGUAAAAAGCAAGUCGGACAAUAAAGGCAUCAAAACCAA